AUGGGUCGACGGAAACAGUACAUGGACGAUGGCGACGAUUCUUCUGACGAGGAAGGGGGUCGUAUCCGAUUCGACAUUACCGACCGCGAUUUGGAGGAAGAAGCUGAAGGGUUUUAUGGAAGUCGCAGCAAAAGGAAACGCUUUGGAGACGACGAUGACGAUCUCGAUGAAGACGAAUCAGACAUUGGACGUGGAGGCCUUGGAUCAGGAUUCAGCAUGGCUAAUAUGGUGAAUUUCAAACCGUCAACGACACAAUCAACGCCUUCACCUGGCACAAGUCGAUCGAGUACACCUAGUAAGGAAGCCCCUAAACGACCUCGUCAGCAACACAACAUUCGACCUGCAGAAGACUUUGCAAAGUUCACCUCACACGGCACUGGUUUUGGUAAACGGAUGCUUGAGAAGAUGGGUUGGCGUAUGGGACAAGGUCUUGGUGAAGAAGGUGCAGGUAUCAUCAAUCCUAUCGAGACCAAAUUACGACCCAAGGGAAUGGGUAUGGGCUUUCGUGGUUUCAGUGAACAAACGCAACAAGCCAAGGAAGAAGCUAAGCGACAACAUGGUGGUUCUACAUCUGAAGAAGAAGGAGAGGAGCUAUCUGAUGACAAUCAACAACGACAACAGCAGCCCAAACGUGAAGCAUGGAAGCGUAAAACCCGUAAGCCAAAGACUGUAUACAAGACAGCAGCUGCCAUUAUUGCCGAUACAGCCGAACAAGGAACGGCAACAGGGGCAGUACCAGCAACACAACAAAAGGUUAUUGAUAUGCGUGGACCUACUGUACGAGAAGUUUCAUUAGCGGAUCUUGAACGAGAAUCGCCUAGCUGGCAGGAAACAACAACACGACUCCCUGAAUUACGACACAACCUACGACUCAUUGUGGAUCUUGCACGAGGUGACUUGGAGAACUUGGCACGUGACCGCACAUCGAAUGAGCUUCGUUUGAAAGCAUUGGAGGAAGAUUGUUCAGUGAUUCAAAAGCGACGUGAAGUGGAUACAGCUCGACGUGACAAGGUGAUACGUGUCAAAGAGAUGGCUCAGGAAUUGCAAUCAAUCUCAAAGAGUGCUUUGGCAAGUGGUGCCUAUGAACAAGCCAACAUUACAGCAUUGUUUGGAGAUGUCUUUGAGCGAAUGAUCAAGGAGUACACGCCUGAGGAUAUAAGGUCAUUGCAUUUGGAUCAGAUUGUCGUUGCCGUGUGGACACCUGUGAUGAAGUACAAGACGUCAAGGUGGGAUGUGCUGGCAGAUCCAACCUGGGGAGCAAAAGAUGUCCUAGCAUGGCGCCAAUUACUAUUAGCCAACGAUGAUGAUGAACGUGCUUUUGAUUCCGAUUUUGUGGUUCCUCGACGACCAAGGAAGGAGAUACCCAAUGCAACACCCUUUGAAAUGAUGAUGAAUACUGUUUGGUUGGUUCGUGUGCGUACAGCCAUCAAUAAUACUUGGAAUGUGCGUGAUCCGGAGCCUAUUGUACAAUUAUUGGAAGCAUGGAAGCCACCUUUAUUACCCACGUUCAUAUUCGAGAACAUUGUCAACCAGCUGAUCCUUCCCAAGAUAUCACGUGCGGUGGAUGAAUGGGAUCCUCGCAACGACCCUGAAAUGGUUCACACAUGGAUCCAUCCAUGGCUUCCUGUACUCGAGGCAUGGCGACUAGCAGAAUUAUUCACGAAUAUCCGACACAAGCUUUCUGUCAUUUUGCGUGUAUGGCAUCCAUCCGAUGAAUCGGCAUUGCAUAUUAUUACACCUUGGAAGGGCGUUUGGACGGAUGCUCAAAUGGAGACGUUCCUUGGCAAAGCGAUCUUGCCCAAGCUUAAACGGGUGCUUCGAGACGAGUUUGUGGUCAAUCCACGCGAUCAGCAAUUGGAUCCAUUGAUAUGGGUGCUAGCUUGGCGAGAUUUGGUUUCAGAGGCGACCCUAUCGCAGCUGAUAGAGAAGGAGUUCUUUGGCAAAUGGCUCGAUGUAUUAUACAAAUGGUUGACCCUCAGUCAAGAUCGAAUCAACUAUGAUGAAGUCCGAGAAUGGUACUUGUGGUGGCGCCAGGUCUUGGAAACAUAUGGAUUUGCCGACAACAAGACCAUCUCUGCAUGCUUUAGAAAGGGUCUAGAUAUGAUGGCAGCUGCAGCUAGUGGAGAACCUGUAGUCAAAAGUUCAUAA